AUGAAACUAAGCGGACUGAAUAGAUAUGGCCUCGGUUUUAACCCUCCUGCACUUGUGGACAUCUUUCAUACCCCAGGUGCCAACUUACUGCUCCUUCACGAGUACGGAGACACCAAUGCAAGUUAUGACUCGUUCUCCGCAGCCGGCUGUAACGCCUCAAAGCCUCUCUAUAUGUGUGUGGCUGCCAUCGAUCCCAGUUAUACCAAUAAGUUUGCAGCAAUCAAACAAGUACUCGAAGGGGGUAUCAGUAAUACCCCGGGGUUUCCCUGUAAGCUCCAAGUAGUUGAUUCGAUGCCGUAUGCACAGAACGAAGAUACAGCGAUUCCCUGCACUGGGAUUCUUCGAGAAUACAACGAUCCUGCAAAACUUGGCGGGGACCCCUCAGGUGCGCCAAAUCGGGCUUGGGAAAUGCCGGUGUUCAUGACACGAGCGGUCCAGCUAGCGACGCAAGUGGAGCCGCAAGGGGUAAUCGUCAAUGCCUUCCCUACAGCGAUUGAUAUCGCCGUGUGUAAGAAAUUCGAUGAUCCUAAUGCGACGUACUGUCGUGAUGAUGAUCUAGUCCAGUAA